AUGAUGAUGUGGUCCAACUUUUUCAUGCAAGAGGAGGACCGGCGGCGGCGGGAGGCGGCAGGCCGGCGGCGGGCUCUCGGGCAGCACCAGUCCCGGCUGACGCCGGAGCGGGAGGGAAAGAUCAAGCUGGGACUCCUGCUGAGCGCGGUGGGCGCCACGCUGGCCGUGCUGGCCGUGGGCACCGAGUUCUGGGUGGAGCUCAACACCUACAAGGCCAAUGGCAGCGCGGUGUGCGACGCUGUCCACCUGGGGCUCUGGAAGAUGUGCACCAAGCGACUGUGGCAGGCGGACGUGCCCGCGGGCAGAGACACCUGUGGCCCCGCGGAGCUGCCCGGAGAAGCAAACUGCACCUAUUUUAAAUUCUUUACCACGGGGGAAAAUGCACACAUCUUCCAGAGAACUACAAAGAAAGAGGUGAAUCUGGCAGCUGCCGUGAUAGCAGUGGUAGGCUUGGCACUCAUGGCCCUGGGGUGCCUCUGUAUCAUCAUGGUGCUCAGCAAAGGUGCAGAGUUCCUACUCCGAGUUGGAGCCAUCUGCUUUGGCCUCUCAGGCCUGCUGCUCCUGGUCAGCCUGGAGGUGUUCCGGCAUUCUGUCCAAGCCCUGCUGCAAAGAGUCAGCCCUGAGCCUCCCCCAGCCCCAGCCCUGGCCUACGAAUACUCCUGGUCCCUGGGCUGUGGGAUGGGGGCCAGCCUGGUCCUCCUGCUGGCCAGUGGCUGCUUCCUCCUGCUCACCUUGCCUCCGGGGCCCUGGGGCUCACUCUGCCCCAAGCUGGGGCACAGGGCCACCUAG